AUGGCAUCGUCCCAGGCCACUCCUUUCUCAGCCACAGAGCUUCUCCUGGCCUCUGCCACCUUCUGCCUGGUAUUCUGGGUGGUCAGGGCCUGGCAGCCUCGGGUCCCUAAAGGCCUGAAGAGUCCACCAGGGCCCUGGAGCUGGCCCCUGAUCGGGCAUGUGUUGACCUUGGGGAAGAGCCCACACUUGGCCCUGUCGCGGCUGAGCCAGCGCUAUGGAGACGUGCUGCAGAUCCGCAUUGGCUGCACACCCGUGCUGGUGCUCAGCGGCCUGGACACCAUCCGGCAGGCCCUGGUGCGGCAGGGCGAUGAUUUCAAGGGCCGGCCUGACCUCUACAGCUUCACCUUAGUCGCUGAUGGCCAGAGUAUGACCUUCAACACAGACUCUGGACCAGUGUGGGCUGCCCGGCGACGCCUGGCCCAGAAUGCUCUCAACUCCUUCUCCAUUGCCUCAGACCCGGCUUCCUCAUCCUCCUGCUACCUGGAGAUGCAUGUGAGCAAGGAGGCUGAGGCCCUCAUCAGCAAGUUCCAGGAGCUGAUGGCAGGGUCUGGGCGCUUUGACCCCUAUGACCAUGUGGUGGUGUCAGUGGCCAAGGUCAUUGGUGCCAUGUGCUUCGGGCAGCACUUCCCCCAGAGCAGUGGGGAGAUGGUCAGCCUUGUGAGGAACACCCAUGAUUUCGUGGAGACUGCCUCCUCCGGGAGCCCCGUGGACUUCUUCCCCAUCCUUAAAUACCUGCCCAACCCUGCUCUGCAAAAGUACAAGAGCUUCAACCGGAGGUUCCUGCAGUUCCUGUGGAAAAUGGUCCAGGAGCACCAUCAGGACUUUGACAAGAACAGAGUCCAGGACAUCGUAGGUGCCCUGUUCAAGCACUACGAGGAUAACUCCAGAGCUAGUGGGGGCCUCAUGCCCCAGAAGAAGACUGUCAACCUUGUCAACGACAUCUUCGCAGCCGGGUUUGAUCCGAUCACAACAGCCAUCUCCUGGAGCCUUCUGUACCUUGUGACAAAUCCUGAGAUACAGAGGAAGAUCCAGGAGGAGCUGGACACAGUGAUUGGCAGGGCGCGUCGGCCCCAGCUCUCCGACAGAUCCCAGCUGCCUUAUUUGGAGGCCUUCAUCCUGGAGACCUUCCGACACUCCUCCUUUGUCCCCUUCACCAUCCCCCACAGCACAAUAAGGGACACAACACUGAACGGCUUCUACAUCCCCAAGGAACUCUGUGUCUUCAUAAACCAGUGGCAGGUCAAUCAUGACCCGAAGCUGUGGGGGGACCCAUCUGAGUUCCGGCCGGAGAGAUUCCUCACUGCCCAUGACACCAUCAUCAGCAAGACCUUGAGUGAGAAAGUGAUGCUCUUCGGCAUGGGCAAGCGCCGGUGCAUAGGGGAGGUCCUGGCCAAGUGGGAGAUCUUCCUCUUCCUGGCCAUCUUGCUGCAGCAGCUGGAGUUCAGCGUGCCACCAGGUGUGAAAGUGGACCUAACCCCUACCUACGGGCUGACCAUGAAGCCUGCCCCCUGCGAGCAUGUCCAGGCACGGCUGCGCUUCCCCAUCAAGUGA